CAAUUCAAUUAUUCGCAUUAAUCAUUCAUGUCAAUUAAGGAAGAAAAUAAAACUUAAAAAUUAAUAAAAAAUUGAAAAAAUAGACAAAUUAAAUCAUGGAGAAAUCCACUGAGGCAGGAGAAAAAUGAGAAAGAAGCGUCAUUUGAAUUUUAAUGACGUGGGAAACCCAUCCAUAAAAUUAAUAAUAAUUUAGAACCGAGUUUUCACGUUGCCUCAAAUGUGUAGAGCUUAAAGCGCUGAUCAAAAUAAUUUAUAGGAUCAUAUGUUUUCGAGGAACGCCCAAGGAGAUUAAAAAUUUUUCCCAAGGAGAUUAAAAAUUUUGCUGACGUUAGCAUAGUCCUUCAAAAGCCAAAAAAUUUUUUUUACAAAUUUGUAUACGUGUUGUCUUUAUCGUAUAGAUCUUGAAACGCUGAUUACGAAAUUGUAUAUUGGGGUUUGAAGGGUUUUGAUGACGUCAUCAACCCGCCUAUUCCGAAACGGACUCGGAAAUCCAGGUUUAGGAAAAUUACCCAAAUUGGUCCCAGGUGGUCUCUAGUAACCCACGCGGUGAAAAAUCAUUGACGUGACCGCCUCGUUUCCAAGUUAUUUGGGCUCAAAGUUUAAGGUGUACGGUUAUGGCUUCACCUAUGUUAAUAUACUGUUAUUUUUGAUGUUAACAUUAUUUUAACAAAAGACUGUUAAAUUAUAGAACACUUUUAUAGGUGAUGUUUUAUAGACUUUAGUAAAGAAAAUUGUGAAUAAUAUAAUCCACUUUGCAAAAGUCACAUACAGACACACGGAAGCUCUGUAUUAUUAUAACAGACUAGUGGAUAAGGCCCGUGGAGAAAUUCAUUUAGACAGAAGGACAAUGGAUAAAUAGGUUGUUUUACUUGCUUUGCUCUCCGCCGUGUAUAUACAAUUAAAAUUAGCGAAAUUUACUUGCCUGAGAUUUACUUGCCUGUAAUGCGUAGAGAUUAAAACGCCGAUUAAAAUAAUGUAUAGAAUCAUAUCCUUUCGACGAACGUAUCAGGAGAUGUAAGGGUUUUAAAUUUUUGCUGACGUCCGUAAGGACCUGCCAAAAUACAAAGAAAAGAACUUAUUUAGGAACUUUGUUUCCGCGUUCCCUUUGUCGUAUAGAUCUUGAAACGCUGUUCAAGAAAAUGUAUAGGAUCAUGUAAAUUUGACAAACGGUAGAGAUAGGAAAAUGCCGAUGUUAGGACAGACCCCGUUGGCACUUUACCAUUCCACGUCAAAUUAUAGGCCAUCCACGUCAAAUCAACGAUAGAAGAGUCUAUAAAAUCCGUUAGCACCUACGAAUGUCCGGAUCCGCCCCAACCCCCCAACCCCCGCCGUGUCCCCUCCCCAUGGGUCCCCCUCCCCACCCUCAUCUGUCGUGCCUUAUAAUUUAUAGUGUUAUGUGUGUCUAUAAUGUCCUCUCGCCAGUGUGGUAAUACCAUCUUCCAAAAUUAUGCGUUUAUCAUCAUCGGCAUUGAGCGCCAGUUUGUUUGUUUUCACCGUGUGAACAUCAUGCUUAAUCGAUCGAAAGGUCAUUUGGGUUCUGUAAAUGUUCUCACCCUCAAACAGGCAUCUCUUAUAAUCAUCGAAACCUAUGGUCUCCCUUACCACGCAUUUCUUCACCCCCUUACAUCUCUUACCCUCCCUACCACAUAGCUGUUUGUAUGCGUAUGUCUUAGCUCUUAGGGCGAUGAACUCAGUCAUCACCUUACCACCCAACUCGUCCUUCAUUAGCCCAAUGAUCUUUUUAUUCAAACCUAAUGGAAGAUGGUAGACCUCUACCAUUAGGUUUGAAUAAAAAGAUCAUUGGGCUAAUGAAGGACGAGUUGGGUGGUAAGGUGAUGACUGAGUUCAUCGCCCUAAGAGCUAAGACAUACGCAUACAAACAGCUAUGUGGUAGGGAGGGUAAGAGAUGUAAGGGGGUGAAGAAAUGCGUGGUAAGGGAGACCAUAGGUUUCGAUGAUUAUAAGAGAUGCCUGUUUGAGGGUGAGAACAUUUACAGAACCCAAAUGACCUUUCGAUCGAUUAAGCAUGAUGUUCACACGGUGAAAACAAACAAACUGGCGCUCAAUGCCGAUGAUGAUAAACGCAUAAUUUUGGAAGAUGGUAUUACCACACUGGCGAGAGGACAUUAUAGACACACAUAACACUAUAAAUUAUAAGGCACGACAGAUGAGGGUGGGGAGGGGGACCCAUGGGGAGGGGACACGGCGGGGGUUGGGGGGUUGGGGCGGAUCCGGACAUUCGUAGGUGCUAACGGAUUUUAUAGACUCUUCUAUCGUUGAUUUGACGUGGAUGGCCUAUAAUUUGACGUGGAAUGGUAAAGUGCCAACGGGGUCUGUCCUAACAUCGGCAUUUUCCUAUCUCUACGGUUACAGAAAUAUUGUGGUUUAAUGGUUUUUUGAUGACGCCAUAAACCCGAAUUUAUUUUCGAAAUGGAUUCGGGAGCCCAGGUUUUGAAAACUUACCCAAAUUAGUCCAAGGUGGG